AUGGCCUUUGGUGAGCUUCAAGCCUGUGAGUCUACCCCGGGCUGGACCAUGCUCUCCCUCGAUUUCAAGAGUGUCUUCAACUACACCGACCGAGCACGGCUGCACGAGAUUGUGGCCGACAAGGUCCCUGGCCUCUUGCGCGCCUUUGAACGACACUAUGCUCGACCCACUACCCACUGCAUUGUCGACAAGUUCUUCAAGGUCAUUGACAUUGAUGUUGGCCAAGGCAUUGUGCAGGGCAACGAGCUAUCGCCCUUCUUCUUUGCCCUGUACUCCUGUGAGGUCCUCGGCCUCCUCGACGCCACCACUGACUACCGCUGCAAGGUCAUCAAAUACCUCGACGACAUUGUACUGAUGGGUCCCGCGGAGGACGUGGCGGCCGACGUGGAGAUUGUCAAGGCUCGUGCAGAGUCUGCUGGCCUUCAUCUGCAGCCCAGUAAGAGCCGCUUCUACAUGCCUCGCCACCAUCCCGCUUCCAUCACUGCUAUCAAGUCUGUCUUACCAGAUGCCGUGCGCGAGACGGCCAACACGGGCAUGACGACAAAAUCUGCAACCCCGCUCUUUGCGGCCCGCGUUUUGGCGGCGCCGUCGCUCCCACCGUGUCCGCUCGCUUGCUCGCUUGCUUGCCCCGCGGACAUGGCCACUGAGUCCGGCGGCGAGGAUUCUUGGACCCAGGUCCGCGGUGCUAAACGCCCGAGUGCCGAGUCACCUCCAAGCAACACCACCACCUCGCCUUCCCAAACUCGUCGUUCUGCAAAACACACAAAACAUGGCAGCGCUCGCCACGACCGUAACCAUGUUUUCCCUGACCCCAUGACCACCCCGCUUCGCCCUCACGCCCGCCACUCUGUCCCUACCGCCCGUGCCUCGUCUCAUGUGCCCUCGACGUCCCCCGCUGCCGGUGCGACCGAGUCUUCGGCACGUGCCGUCGUGCCCGCGGCCGAGCCAGUGACCAAGACGUCAAACGGCGGCGGGGAGCAACAUUCCAUCAUCGGAAACACUUCCAAUGCUUCUCCCCGCACCCCUCGCACGCCAUCCAGCCCUCGCUCCUUUGCUCAAGUUGCUGCGGCAAUGCCUGCCGCCGCCACUGCCACAUCUUCGGCCCCUAUGACCGAGGAUUUGUCAGCAUCGGUGCCCUCUGAGCCAAAUGGCAGCGGGGAGCAACAACCCUCGCCCGAGUCCACAGGGCAGACACAUCAUUCGAUUCCUAACACACCAUCGGAUUUUUUGACCAUGUCUUCGGAUGAAAGCGACUCCCCUCCUCGCUCCACCGCACUCCGCGCGCCCACCCCUAUCGCCCCUCCCGCGCAUGAUGGUGACGGUGACACAAACGGCAGUGCCACGCCAGAGCCAUUGGUGCAAUCACCUACACCCGCUCAAAUGGUGCUGCCAUAUCCAUCGGGUACACAACAAACCCAUUCCGAUCCCUCUCCGCCCUCUGCUUCACCCCCUGCCACUACCAUUUUGCCCGCUGCCAUUUCACAUCCUGUCGAACACAGUGAGCAUGCAAACUCAGCCCCACUUGGCGAAGUCAGUGAAAGUGAAACACACAAUACAGCGGGCGAACACAGUGAGAGUGAGCAAGAUGUUCUUCUCAGCGAUCCCGCUCCGCCCAUCGCUGCCAACGUGCUGGAUGCCCAGCGCAAGUGUGUAGGGUCUCGCGUCAGUGUCUGUGAGCUGCUCAAGCUCGCCCGGCAUCCACUGAUGCAGCGCAGCCGCUACCCAUCCAACGCCACCGAGACCAAGCUGAUGGCUGCCACCCUGAGCCAGCUGUAUUGGUCUGCCGUCCACUCGGACUAUACCGCUGAAGAGCGAGAGAUGUGCUGGGCUUUGAUUUUGGCCUUGCCUAGCAUGUUGUUGUCUGCUCCCUCGACCGCACUGUCUACGAUUGACCUGCGCAAUAUGUUUCACGAUCGUCUCCGUUGGCUUGUGACGGGGCAACUAGGUCGGGUCGUGGACGCCAUGCGCAAGGCAGUCGCACGCAAGCAGAGCCGUCGAGGACAGCUGAACGCCGGCGCGGGCGCCCACCCGAACGACGCAGUCGACCAGAGCCUCAGGUCGCUCGUCCGCGACCCGGACCUGGCGGACGAAGCCUGGGCAAACCACGUCACGAACCGUCUGAACCGAGGUCAGAUUGCCAAAGCAUUUGAUGCCGACAAGGCUCGUGCCGUGAUUGGUAAUUCUGAGGUUCAGGCCGUGCGCGACCUCUUGGUACCGCCCGGGCUGACCCCGUACAUUGCUUCAACACCCGCCUCCACGUCUACACUGGCACCAGCCACGGCUGCGAGCUCCCCAACCGUGUCCUUCACCAAGGGCGAGCUCCCUAAGGCGUUGGCGGCCACGAAGGGUGUCACCGACCCCUAUGGUUGGUCUGGUGAGCUUCUUGCCUCCAUCUACCGCAUCAAGGAGCACUUCAGUCAGGUCUUGGGCCCACGCCAGGGUUCUACCAGCAACCCGACUGCUCCUCCUGAUGGAGACGCGCCUCAGUGCCCCACCACCGCCACUGGAGGUCCUCAGGUUGCCUUGAACAAGAUCUUUCACCACAUUGCCAACAACACCGUGCCCGAGUCGAUUCGACAUGCCCUUUGCUCCAUCAACUACACUAUCCUGGAGAAGGCCAAUGGCAAGUUUCGACCCGUGGGCACGGAUUCCAUCUUCAACAAGGUUGUCAACCGCGCUCUGCUCGAGCAACAGCAGCCCCAUAUUGCCCACUUGCUACAGGCCAGUCCAGAGCUGGCUGUCGGAGUCAAGGACGGCAUUUCAGCAGCGGUUGGCAUGGCCUUUGGUGAGCUUCAAGCCUGUGAGUCUACCCCGGGCUGGACCAUGCUCUCCCUCGAUUUCAAGAGUGCCUUCAACUACACCGACCGAGCACGGCUGCACGAGAUUGUGGCCGACAAGGUCCCUGGCCUCUUGCGCGCCUUUGAACGACACUAUGCUCGACCCACUACCCACUGCAUUGUCGACAAGUUCUUCAAGGUGAUUGACAUUGAUGUUGGCCAAGGCAUUGUGCAGGGCAACGAGCUAUCGCCCUUCUUCUUUGCCCUGUACUCCUCUCUGAGGUUCAAACACCUAAUUUAUUACGACGAGCAAGCCACUGAUCUGAUCAAGCAGGUGAUGGAGGCCAAAUUGGUCGCCCAGUGCAACAAGUGUCACCUCUUCUUCGAAGCUGCUGGUAUCAGUCAACACCGCUUCCGAUGUGGUGCCAAUCUGAAGCGAGCGACCGAGGCGUUGUUUCAUGCGGCUGGACACGACCUGCUUGAGAUUAUGCGUGGCGCUUGGCCCCAACAGUGUGUAGGGUCUCGCAUCAGUGUCUGCGAGCUGCUCAAGCUCGCCCGGCAUCCACUGAUGCAGCGCAGCCGCUACCCAUCCAACGCCACCGAGACCAAGCUGAUGGCUGCCACCUUGAGCCAGCUGUAUUGGUCUGCCGUCCACUCGGACUAUACCGCUGAAGAGCGAGAGAUGUGCUGGGCUUUGAUUUUGGCCUUGCCUAGCAUGUUGUUGUCUGCUCCCUCGACCGCACUGUCUACGAUUGACCUGCGCAAUAUGUUUCACGAUCGUCUCCGUUGGCUUGUGACGGGGCAACUAGGUCGGGUCGUGGACGCCAUGCGCAAGGCAGUCGCACGCAAGCAGAGCCGUCGAGGACAGCUGAACGCCGGCGCGGGCGCCCACCCGAACGACGCAGUCGACCAGAGCCUCAGGUCGCUCGUCCGCGACCCGGACCUGGCGGACGAAGCCUGGGCAAACCACGUCACGAACCGUCUGAACCGAGGUCAGAUUGCCAAAGCAUUUGAUGCCGACAAGGCUCGUGCCGUGAUUGGUAAUUCUGAGGUUCAGGCCGUGCGCGACCUCUUGGUACCGCCCGGGCUGACCCCGUACAUUGCUUCGACACCCGNCUCCACGUCUACACUGGCACCAGCCACGGCUGCGAGCUCCCCAACCGUGUCCUUCACCAAGGAACCGGACAUCGAUUGUGCCUCUAAUAACCACCUCAAAGAACUUGCCCAAAUCCCAAGACGGUUGAUACAGGUUUGCAAUUACGUCCCUGAGUUUCGAAGGCAGGCCAUCAACCAGCUGGGCGAUGACGAGGGUAGCCGAGUAGGCGCCCUCAAUGCGAAGGGUAUCAACGGCGGCAGUGAUGGAGGAGCGGUAGACAGGAAAGUCGUCGGCCGUGCGGAUGCGUUGGUCGCGAAGAGCCUGAGAGGCUUGGGUAAUGUCGUGACGAGUGGUCUGGAGGAAGAGGGCGCCCAUUUGUUUGAACCAGGCGCCCAAGACGAUGCGUUGGCGUGA